AUGACUGAAAAAAAGCAAACGCCAUCCCCUGAGUUUUCCCCGCUCGGCUUCGACGAGGACAUUGCCCCGCUGCCUGAGUACAAAGCAGCCGGCACGACAGAGGUUGAUUUCUCCGGCUUACUCGGAGAGCCCCUCAAACUCCAUGAAGACCUGCGGUCGGGCUGCGGCGGGCAGCUCUGGCCAGCCGGCAUGGUGCUGGCCAAGCACAUGCUGCGGUAUCACAGGGAGAAGCUGCAAAGCGCGCGAAUACUCGAGCUCGGCGCCGGUGGAGGAGUGGUUGGGUUGACGGUGGCAAAGGGGUGUAAGAAUCUCAAGCACCCGCUGUACAUCACCGAUAUGGUGGAGAUGGAACCCCUGAUGAAGUACAACAUCUCUCUGAAUGGGCUUGCCGACCGGGUGAGGGCCCGGAUCCUGAAUUGGGGCGAGCCGCUCUCGCAAGAGGUGGUUGAUUUCAAGCCGGAUGUGAUCCUCGCGGCCGACUGCGUCUACCUCGAAGCAGCAUUUCCACUUCUCAUGCAGACACUCAAGGACCUGUUGGAGCUGGAGCCCAAGGCAACGGUGUACUUCUGUUUCAAAAAGCGCCGGCGGGCUGACAUGCAGUUCCUCAAGAACGCAAGGAAAGCGUUCACCGUGACUGAGAUCGAGGACGAGGACCGGCCCGUGUUUAGCAGAGAUAAUCUGUUUUUGUACACGUUUACGCGGAAGGAUUCAGGGUCGUCGUCUUCAUUAUCUUCGUGA